AUGGAGACGCGCAGGCGAAGCAAAGCUUUGAUGGCGGCAUUGUUGGCUGGCUAUUUUCUGGGUGAGGACGCAUUCCUGCCGCUGCCGUUCAGCAAACCCGACAGGAAAACAGAGACUGCGGCACCUGGUCUGGAUCGCUGGUCCGAAGCUCCUCCAGAUACACGGCGACUGCGAUCGGCCAUCGAAAGCAUCCUCCGAGAACAGGAGGUGCUCAGGGAAGAGGCUCCAGCGGUUACAAGUGGCACGGCGUUCUCGGUAGUAAGCGCGGCAGGGCUGGCACUCCUUGCCCACAGUGCUUCGCUCGGAGCCGCCGCGAUACCUGUGAUUGCCAGUGCCAUUUUUUCCUAUACCUCCAUGGCCGAAAGCUCCGGCACGAAGUCUGUAGGCCUUGGCCGAUGCAGCUUUUCACAGGCCCUCGCAGAUGCCGCAGAGCAGGAAAGAACAUUGGCGACGGCAGAAGCACCCAAAGCACUUCUUCCGUUCGGUGCCGGCUGUACUGCGAUCUUUGCUGCAGUGUGCGUGACAUUGAAAAUCUUCGAGGAGGAUCCAGCAAACAAAGCAGCUGCUUUCGCUGUGGGCUCCGGGUGGAACACCAGAACGGACGGAUUCGCAGCCCUCCUGGACGUUUUCUUCGCGUUCGCAUCAGUUCUUGGGGCCAUGGCGACGAACGACCAAGCCUUGUUGGUGAUAUCGAAGCUGCGACCGCAACUACGCAACCUGCAGCAGGAGGAAGACGAGCUGGAUGGAGAGCCGAUGGAAAUCGAAGAUGGCGACGUGGAGGUCGGCAGGAGGGCGCGAGCAGCGCUGGGCAUUCUGAGCUUCAUGGCAUGCUUUCUUCCACUCACCUGGUUCGAGACAGGAUUUCCGGCAACAACGUUAACAGGGAUCCCCUCAGAUGAGCUGGCAGUGAUCGUGUCUGCCAGUGCCGCCGCGCAGGCAGCAUUUAGUUUCCUUAUUGCCGAGAAAUUUUUCGCCGAUGCUGAGCGCAGGGUCGCAGCACAGUCUCGACAAGCAGCCCUUUCCGAACUAUUCUUCGCACAGGCCCAAGCAGACUCGGCUAUCCUGGGCGCAAACAGUGCCAUUAGUGCGACGAGCCUUGGCUUUGCAUCCACAGCGGCUGAAUUUUCCAGAGCAUCAUCGGCCCUGUCGCUAUGGCCAGCAGUUCUCAGCACUGUCCGUUCGACUGCAAGUUCCUUGACGUCUCGGGCUGAAGCAGAUGCCGCGUGGCUUGAAAAUCAGGCUUCGCAGCGAAUCUUCGCGGGAGCAUCGGUUAGCAUGGAUGGAGCAGACACCGUGUCUGCAACAGUGCGUGAGUUCCGGCAGCUGCAACGGGAUUUCUCACUGGAUGACUUCACAGAGACUGUGCGUGCCGAGCUUCGAAGUCUCGAUCCCAAUUGCAUGAAGGACUUUCGAGGCCUCGCUGCCGAGCAGCGGCGAAAAGUGCAUUUAGUGGCAGCCGAGCUUGGAAUGCUUUCGCAGUCCUACGGGCUGUCUAGGCCAGGAACUCGGUCUCGCAGCGUCCGGGUGACCAACAUCUUAUCCAGUCGAGGAGCGCUCGCAGACAAUGCUCCGUCUGAUGACGGAUUUCUCAGCGACCUGACGGCAAUUUUGCGGGAUCUGAAAGCCGAAGCAUUGCAGAUCGAGAGAAGUCUGAGACAACGAGGGCAAACACAGAAUGCCCUGGCUGCUGCGCUUGUUGCUCUGAGCACGGCCUCACCAUGGUUAUUGGGAAGCAGUGGAGCUGAAUUGUACCUGCCGUUGGCCACUGGGACUGUUGGGCUCUGCACGGCUUGGCAAGAAACUGCAGGGAAGGGCGCGGUUGCAACUGCGAAAAGGCAGAGCGCCUUUCUGUUGACUCGGGAGGCUCGGGCCGAGCUUUUCUUUGGUCGAGCGCAACUUGCGUAUGCACCUUUCCCCACCGACUUGGCCAUCGCAACCCUGGCAACAACGGCUUCGGUGUUGUCAGUAGAGUUCGCUGGCAAUAUCUUGAGACUUACGGCAUUGUCGAUGGUCAUUCCGGCAAUGGCAGCAUGCUCCAUAGCAAUGCAUCGGCGGCACAAGGUGGAGAGAUUUGCAGCUGCCAGUAUGAGGUGCGUGGAUGCCAAGCCGAUGCGGUCCCGUCGCUCGUUCUGGAAACGGAGAUGGUGGCUUUUGCCUACAGCUUGUGCUUUGUUUUUCCCUUGCGAUACCGCUGGCAGUGUGACAAUUGCUUGUGCCAUACUGUCGGGGGAGAUUGCGUUAGCAAUGGCCGAGAGCUUGUCCUACCUGGCCGAUGCAGAAGGCAGCAUCGCCAGGGCCAGCCGUGCGGUGGCUACCGCCGAAGCCUGGUCGCAGCUUGCCCAGUUCUCGGUCCGGGCGCUGCCGGCACGCACCUCUGUGGCCGUGGUUGCGACGCUGGUUGCAACUGCAUUGGUCGAAUUCUCUUUGCCUCUGUGUGCGUUAUUUCCUGCGCUGGGUGCUGUAGUUCUUGUACGCUCCGUUCAAUUGAACAGGCAAGCCCAAACGGCUGCGGAGAAGUUGGAGCAGGAGUUCAUGGACAUGCAGAAGCUGAUGAAGGCAGAGCCAUGGGCGAGACUGCGACGUCUCUCGGGCCAAAGCAGCCGCAUUAUCUUGAAAGAGUUGCCGGCGUCCAGGUGGACGCUCGAUCCUUGCAGCAUCUGGACUGGCAUCAACUUGAACAAUAAAAUCCGGCGAGGCUUCAUCAGGCUGAAAAAUCUUUGGGAAGAUCGAGGGCCGGCUGAGGCUUACAAGCAAGCACCGGCCGAGCAGGCGGUCCAGAGUGUCCAGCGCAACCUCCAAGAGUUUCGCACAUUAACGAGGUUCAACUCCAGGACUUGGUUUCGCACCCUGUCCGUUGUGGGCCUUGUUGCCGUGGCUUCGGUGCUGCAGCCGUGGUUUCUGUUCUCCAGCAGUGAGGUUGUGUUGCCAGUGUCUGGUGCUCUCUUGACUAUAUUCGUUGCGGCUUCCGAAAGUGAGGCUCGUCGAAGUGUAUCUGCUGCUAAAGUAAAGGCAGCAGACAUCAAGGCUGCCACCAGCAUCCUGGAGGAGCUGUCAGCAUCCGCCAUGCAGUUUCGAUCGCGACUGAUCGCUUGGGCUGGAGUCACCGCUGCGACCUGUGUUUUGUCGGUCAUCUCCGUCAAGCACUGGCCUCUUGCAGCCAGGUUGCCAUGGCUUGGAAUCGCUCAGCAUUGCUGGAGGCUCCUCUUGGUGAGCACACAUAUAGGUGCUGCUAUUGCCAGCGUCUUGCCUGCCAAAGCUGUCUGGCUUUGGACAUCGCAAGUGAAGCGGGAGCUGCCGGCCGCCAGGUCGAUGCUUUCACCGUUGCAGCCUGGAGCACUGUCACGCGGCCAGCUUCCAAAGGGGAGCCGGUGGUUUGACCUGCUGUGCGGCACAUGGACGUGGCAGCUUUUUGCAGCACUCCCUGGUAUUACUUUGGCAUUUUACCCUUCUUGCAGGAGCUUUGAGGAGAGGACGGUGGCAUCAACAGCUGCCAGCAGCUUCGUAGUGGCUACCAUGCUGUGUUUGGCCGAACGAGCACUCUACCGAGCGGAGCUUUUCAUAGCGGGGAGGCGAAUAACCUUUGCCCUGACAGAUACUUUGGCAAACGAGGCCGAACAACAAAGCGCCCUGCUGCCGGUGGCCACUGCAGCCACGAUAGCCGUGUCUGCUGCGGUGACAUUUGGUGUCGAGCUGAACCCCUUUGCCGCUUCUGCAUUGGCCCUCGUGCAGGCGAUCACUUGGGUGCUGGCAUCCCGCAAAGCAUUGGAAGCCAAGUUCGGAAGCGACGCCGCAGUGCAGGUGGCCACGGUCACCGAGGGCCGACUCUUAGCUCGGCCGGGCCGGCUUCCCGACCUACGGACCGAAACUUCGCGGCGGAAAAUCGGCCAGUGGCGAAGCUUUGUGAGCAUGCUGGCAUAA